AUGUCGCACGUGUGCACUGGCAGCGGAGCGGAGCCCUUCUCGUGGCAGGACCCGCUGCGGCUGGAGGAGCAGCUGGCGCCCGACGAGCGGCUGCUCCGCGACACCCUGCGCAGCUACUGCCGCCAGCGGCUGCAGCCCCGCGUGGUGGGCGACGCGCGCGACCAAGUUUUCCGCAGGGAGAUCCUGACUGAGCUGGGGGAGCUGGGGGUGCUGGGCGCCACCAUCAAAGGGUACGGCUGYGCGGGCGCCUCGGCAGUGGCCUACGGGCUGGCAGCGCGGGAGCUGGAGCGCGUGGACAGCAGCUACCGCUCGCUGUUCAGCGUGCAGAGCUCGCUCGUCAUGCAUGCGCUGGCCGCCUACGGCUCCGAGGAGCAGCGGCGCCGCUACCUGCCCGCCCUGGCGCGGGGGCAGCUCCUGGGCUGCUUYGGCCUCACGGAGCCCAACCACGGCAGUGACCCGGGCGGCAUGGAGACGCGGGCGCGCUACGACGCGGGUGCACGCACCUACCGCCUGCGUGGUGCCAAGACGUGGAUCACCAACGCGCCCGUGGCCGACCUGUUCGUGGUGUGGGCGGCGGGUGAGGAGGACGGGCGCGUGCGCGGCUUCGUGCUGGAGCGUGGCACGCGUGGGCUGCACACAGCGCCCAUCGGCGGCAAGCUGGCGCUGCGCGCCUCCUGCACCGGCACCAUUGAGCUGGACGAUGUGGAGGCGCCGAGCGACGCGCUGCUGCCCGGCGCCCUGGGGCUGGCGGGCCCCCUGGGCUGCCUGGACAGCGCGCGCUACGGCAUCGCGUGGGGCGCGCUCGGCGCCGCCGAGGCCUGCCUGGAGACCGCGCGCCAGUACGUCCUGGACAGGAAGCAGUUUGGGGCGCCGCUCGCUCGCAACCAGCUGGUGCAGAAGAAGCUGGCAGACAUGGUGACGGAGAUCGCGCUGGGGCUGCAUGCCUGCCUGCGCCUGGGGCGCCUCAAGGACGAGGGCAGGGCCACCCCGGAGAUGGUGUCCAUGCUGAAGCGCAACUCGUGUGGCAAGGCGCUGGAGGUAGCACGGCAGGCGCGCGACAUGCUGGGUGCCAACGGCAUCAGCGACGAGUACCACGUCAUGCGGCACGCGCUCAACCUGGAGGCCGUCAACACCUACGAGGGCACCCACGACAUCCAUGCGCUCAUCCUGGGCCGGGCCAUCACAGGCAUCCAGGCAUUCUCAGCUGAGAGGGCGCCGCGGCGCGUGGCAGGCACCGACAGAGCAUAGCGAGCCGAGCGCGCCCAUGUCUUCCAAACGCUGUAAUGUCUCCCGAAGGCGCCGCUGUCUCCCGCGCGCACUGCCAUCGCUGCUGUCCUCACGCUCCCUGGCAGGGCGCAGGGAAGCGAGCGUUGCGGCCGCUCCUCGGUGCCACCGUGGGGCAGGCGGCGCCCACAGGCGCCAGGGCAAUAAAGCGCGUGGA